CCUGCCAAACUUUUGAACUGUCUUGUCAUCCUGUGCCCAUGUGAGGACACAAGGCAGGCAGUUUCUUGCUCCAGAAACUCUGCCCACUUUGAUGGCAUCAAGCUCAACAGUGUGCCAAAAACUUCCUUGAUUCCAUGCGGCCUCCAUGGCUGCUGCUGCUCACUUGUCCCUGUCUCUUCACACCUUCUAUCUAACAAAUACUAAUACUUUGUUGUUUGUAAGUUUGUAUGCCACAUUGCCACUCAAUUUUCUUUAGAUGACAUAUAAUAGAUGUGAAUAUAAUAUCAUCAAUAAAAAAAUUAACAGUUUGGAUGAUCAGCACAAUAGGAGCUGGCAUCCACCUGAUUUGGAUUGACUAAAAGAGUUUUCCUGUAAUGUUAGGGAGUUUCACAUACAUAUAUGGUCCAUCUAUCCAUGGUUUGAUGAUCAAUAGAUUGUGCCAUGAUGAUUCCAUGAUUGAUCUGCAUAUAUGAUAAGCAUAUUGCAUCAUAUGCACUGCACUGGUCAGCCAUGUCUGCUGCUGCCGCCUACAACGCCAAUGUCCUCCUCGCCGCGGUGACCGCGCUCUCGGCGGCGAUCGCCUUCGUCGCCGCGCUCCACCUCUACGCCCGGUGCCUCCUGUGGCGGCGUGGCGCUGGCGGCGCCGGCAACCCUCACGCGCUGCGCCGCCCGCGGACGCCGGGUGGCCACGAGCUGGAGGUGAUCAGCGUGGUGGCGUGCGCGCAGGAGGGAGGCGGGCUGGACGCCAAGCAGCUGGGCGCGCUGCCGGUGUUUACGUGGGGGUCCUCUUCUCCGGCGACGGCGGAGGCGGCGGCCGUGCAGUGCGCGGUGUGCCUCGGGGAGAUGGAGGACGGCGAGCUGGGGAGGCUGCUCCCGGCGUGCCACCACGUGUUCCACGCCGAGUGCAUCGACACGUGGCUCACCGUGAGCUCGACGUGCCCGGUGUGCAGAACGGCGGUGGGGACGGAGGAUGAGCCGCCGGUGACCGGCGUGUCGCCGGCGAGCUAGGUCCGUCGAAUAUCAGUGUACAUUGUAUUUCUAGAGUUGCACAUCUAUACACUUGAAAACAAGAUUUGGGAGUUAGAGAGGACGAAUUUUAGGAAUAAAAAUAAAUUUUGUAGGAUUUCUCCGAAAAUCUACAUUGCAAAUGAAAUCGAGUACUAGCUCCAUAUUCCGACCUGUGUUAAUGAACAGAUUGAGAACCUCAAAAAGGAAUUAUAUUG